UUGAUAGCUCCAGGACAUACAGUAUCAUAUGUCACGUCCAUGUACCUACCUGUGAGAGUUUUCUGCAAAACACCACACCACAUUCCUAUAAUAUUCAAUAUUGCCAACGCGGUUUAUUCGCGUUACGUAUUCGAAUUCAAUUGCGGCAUCGAAGUUGAAGGAAGAAUUGAAUGGAGACAAACAAGCAGGGCAAGUGUCCCAUACCCUGUCCAAUCGACCACACCAGCCAGCACAAACGGGAAACAAUCCGCCACAACACCUCCGCUUGUACCCUCAAGAUUUGUGAAUUUUUCAUCUCCGAAGCAAAUAACAGCUCAGCACGAUACAAGUCAAAGUGGCAAGCAGUCCGACGCAUCUCGCCCCACACGCUUGAUGUCUCGCCAAAGAGCUCCCUUGAGUCCCCGACAUGAGUUGUACUCGGGCUCGCCGCCUUCGUCUCCACCCCCGGUCGUGCCGAAAGCAAGCAGCGAUAGCCAUAUAUGCGGCCAAGAACAAAUCGAUGUGGGAGUCAAGACAGAUGAUGGCGCGACCCCAAGUCUGACAAUCACGGCAGCACCGCCCUCUUCAGAAACGCCGGUCGAGACAAGAGAUGGCCUUGUGUCACCACUUCUUCAAACAUUAACCCAAGAAUUGGAUCAGGAACUUACAAACUUGCAUGAGGAUCUCUGUGGGAACAAUUUCAAAGCUAACCAGAUAACAGGCAGUGACAGCUCGAAGAAGCAAAGCCCGACAGAUAUCGAACAGGGCAAUAUUGCCACCGAAAAACAAGAGGGAGUCAAUCAACCUAAGCCUACGACAACAGCCAACGACGGAUUGUUGCACGCCCAUCUGCGGGGUGGAGGGAGUCUGCGACCGGCCUCAACAAGUUCCAUCGACUCAAGCAUUCGCAGUUGGAACGCCGCCAACCCAUCAAACGAGUAUGAGGUGGAAGAAGAAAAGCCAACGGACGAGCCUUCUCUGAUAGUAGCUCCGUCUCAGGACGCAGCAGUUGGAGCCACUUCCACUGUGGCAUAUCCGCCUAAUCCGCCUACAAGCGUACACGGCAGUGAGUCUUACAGUUCGAUUGGCGCUGGAGGUGAAGUGAGCCCCUCUGAAUCCAAGAGCCCAGUCGGGCUUGCGAGGAAAAUCCAGGAACGGCCUUCGUCAGAAUUAAGGUUGAAACAGAACAUGGGUGGAUAUACCGAGGACCUCGCUGAGAAAGAAGGCUCCACACUGGGUGUCAGUGACUUUAUACCGGACAGCCCGAGGACGAGUCCGUUCAAGUCUCUCUGGGAUCCCAUACCAGGUUCAAAUGAACGCAGAAAUGCGGAAUCGACGUCCCCCAGUGCGUUACCACUCACCGAGUCUGCUAAGGAUGAGACGAGCACUAUCUCUCAAGCUCCUCGACAACCACCACCACCCCAGAUACCUAUGAAUUCGGCAACAUCAAAACCAGAAGGCAGCACAACACACGGGUCCGCCUCUCCUCCUUCAACCGAAUCCCCACGUCAAGAAGGUACAGCAAGGGGACAUCGCAGACAAUUCUCAAUCAUAAUGAACGCACCACCUCAACCCCCAACAGCAAUCCCUCCGGAACAGCCAAUCCGUUCUCCUCCACCCCCAUACCGAUCACCACGCCCAGAUGAACUUCACCUAGACUAUGCCUCGAUCGCAACUGGAGGACCCGUCACUCCGACUUCCCCCACCCACCCGGACCGACAAGAAAUAAACUAUACAGACUUCUUGAGCGAAAGCGGCGGUAGAGAUACACUAGACAUGACCAAGAGAACCCGCCGCAUGAGCCCUUUCUCCCCCUAUGAUGCCCCACCUCGCCGAACUCAUCAGAGACGCAGUGCGGUCAGUGAGCGAUCGCGCUGGAGCGGCGGCAACUUCGACGAAAUCGAACCAGGCGAUUCAAUCAGCACCGUUGGCGCUGAACCCGCACGGAGGAACAACGCUUCUACGACACCAACGGCGGCCAAGUCCACUCCUGUAGCUGUCCUUGCCACGUUGAAUGAGGAACCUGUCCCACGUGGUGGUGAGGUAGAAGACGCUCAGGGCGCUCAAGAACGUGGACCUCAUAGCGAGAUUAAUAGGAUCUAUCAAGAGCAUAGUGAGGAGAUUCGAGCGAUCACGCAUGAUGCUUAUAAACCGGAUUUCCAGAAACAAGUCGAGAUCAACGGAGCAUUGGAGAGGCUCCAGGAGAAUUUACAGAGAGCUUGGGAGCAGCAACGUCAGCAAAUUCAAGAGGAGGAGAAUGCAAGACAUAUCCGUGGUGCUCCAUCGCCAGGCCAAUUCCCCCAACCAUUGCAAACGCAGACUCAGCAAGUGCCAUCCCAGCAGCACGAGCAGCGAGAACCGCAAAACACGGAUAUCCCUCAACCCCAUGGGACCCCCCAGGACGAUCAUCACAGGUAUCCACGACUGCACUCUGCGACGAAGAAACUAGGACGGAUGCUGCGCUGGACCCUCGCCGUGCCGGGCGACAUCUACGUGAAAUCGCACUCGAGCAGCUUACCCGCUCCUCUCCAUCCUCCUCGUCCCGCAGCACCAGCACCAGCACCGACAGGAGGCAUCACCGUCCCAGACUCGCGACCGACUCCGCAGACAUACUCCCAUGACCCACGACCACAUACCGCUUCACCACUUCACGCCUCUGGAAACGUUGGUGACAGCGGUGAGAAUCACCCUCUUCGACCGGUCCACCAACAUCGACAAUAUCGCGCGACCAUGAGCACGGUUCCGGAUCAAACAACACGGAAAGCGCAUAAGCGCAGGAGUCUGUCCUCGUUGUUUCAUCCUCACUCACCUGCGCUCGGCCGUGCAAACCGUGCAGGUCAAGCAGAGCAAGGACCUCUGUCCCCGCCGUUCGCGACGUCGGAGACGACGUAUGUGAAUAGUCCUGUUGGGCAUGGCGGAGGGAAGAAAGCGGGUUUGGCGGAGGAGAAUGCCAGGAAGGGUGGUGCAGGAGGAGAAGGAGGGGGAAGUGGAUAUGCGGCUUCGAGUGUUACGCAGUGGCCGAUGGGUUCGUGA